GCGAGGAGGAGGAAGAGGAGGAGCAGCAGCAGAUGGAGGAAGAGGAGGUUUCCUGUGUGAGUGAGUGAGUGUGUGUGUGUGUGUGUGUGUGUGUGUGUGUGUGUGCGCGCGCGCGAGUGAGUGAGUGAGUGUAUGUGUGUGUGUGCCCAGAGGAGCGAGAGCAGCGGCCGCCAUGUUAACCAAGAAGCCCGGAGCCUCGGUCCUCCCGACGGGCAAAGUGGGCGAGCCGGUCUUCUCUCCCGGUCACGGCGGCUCUUUGACGACAUCGCCCGUCACGCUGCCACCACUUCGCAACAACAACCUCAACCCACUGACGGUAGGGUCAAAGGAGGGGGGCGCCAAGGCCGCCAUGUCGGACGCCGUGCCGCUGUCGCAGGUCCACAUCACGCAGCUGUUUGACGAGAACACCAAUAAGCGUCCGGUUCUGACCUCCCAGCCCAACGGCCUGGCCCCGCUGGUCGCCUCCCGGCCGGGCCUACCUCCCCCCGACCGCCAGACGACGGCCUCCGAGCCCCCCCACCACAGCCGCCAGGGCGUGGCCGCUCACAAGGCUGUCGACAGUAAGCCAAAGCCCACCCCGCUGACGCCCGAGCAGGCCAUGAAGCAGUACAUGUCCAAGAUGUCGUCCUUUGAACACCACGAAGUUUUCAGCUACCCUGAGGUGUAUUUUGUGGGUCCGAAUGCGAAGAAGAGGUCAGGCGUGAUGGGAGGCGCCAACAACGGAGGCUACGAUGACGAGCAGGGCUCCUACAUUCACGUACCACAUGACCACAUUGCCUACCGCUAUGAAGUCCUCAAGGUGAUCGGCAAGGGCAGCUUUGGGCAGGUGGUGAAGGCCUUUGACCACAAGUCGCAGACACACUUGGCUCUGAAGAUGGUCCGCAACGAGAAGCGUUUCCACCGGCAAGCGGCGGAGGAGAUCCGCAUCCUGGAGCACCUGAGGAAGCAGGACAAAGACUCCAGCAUGAAUGUCAUCCACAUGCUGGAGAACUUCACCUUCCGGAACCACAUCUGCAUGACGUUUGAGUUGCUCAGCAUGAACCUGUACGAGCUGAUCAAGAAGAACAAGUUCCAGGGCUUCAGUCUUCCUCUGGUCAGGAAGUUCGCACACUCCAUCCUGCAGUGUCUGGACUCACUGCACAAGAACCGCAUCAUCCAUUGCGACCUCAAGCCUGAGAACAUCUUACUCAAGCAGCAGGGUCGCAGCGGCAUCAAGGUCAUAGAUUUUGGCUCCAGCUGCUACGAGCAUCAGAGAGUUUACACCUACAUCCAGUCCAGGUUCUACCGGGCGCCAGAGGUCAUUCUAGGGUCCAGGUACGGGAUGCCCAUUGACAUGUGGUCUCUGGGCUGCAUCCUGGCCGAGCUGCUGACAGGAUGUCCGCUGUUGCCGGGCGAAGACGAAGGAGAUCAGCUGGCCUGCAUCAUGGAGCUCCUGGGAAUGCCCAGCCAGAAGCUCCUGGACAGCUCCAAGCGCGCCAAGAACUUUGUGUCGUCCAAAGGCUACCCGCGCUACUGCACCGUGACCACGCUGCCCGAUGGCACCACGGCGCUCAACGGCGGGCGCUCGCGGCGCGGCAAGUUGCGGGGCCCGCCGUCCAGCAAAGAGUGGAGCGCGGCACUGAAGGGCUGUGACGACCCGCUUUUUCUGGACUUCCUUAAACAGUGCCUGGAGUGGGACCCCACGCUCAGGAUGACCCCAAGCCAGGCACUGCGCCACCCCUGGCUGAGAAGGCGCCUCCCCAAACCUCCCACGGGGACCACAGGGGACAAAACCCCAUCGUCCAAACGGGCCACCGCUGAUGCCACCAUCACUUCCAUCUCCAAGUUCCCUGCCACCUCCUCCUCCACCACCAUGUCCUCCUCCGCCAAAACCAGGACUAACAUGGCGCCCAUCACUGACGCCAACGGGAACAUCCAAGCUCGGACGGUCUUGCCCAAGCUGGUCAGCUGAAAGUGAGUGCGCCCCGCCGGCUGGUGGCGCGAACGAGCAGGUUUGUCCACGUCUGGCUGGUCGGGGUGCGGUUAAUCAAGCGGUGCGUUCAGGCUCCUCCAGUCAGCAGUGUGAGGAAAAAACUUUUUCGACAAUCAAACCAUGUUUGAUGGUGCCGGCUGAGAGGGAACAAGUUCUUUGAGCACAUUCUUUAUACAUUUAGACACCAAAAAUCUUUACGUUUUUUUCCCCCCCAUGUCUUUAGAAAAGUGCUCCUAGAACGGCUUGACGUUGCCAUGUAGCCGCUAGCACACUAAGCCCGUGCUCGGAAUCUAACAAAGCCAUAAAAGCCGACACGUCAAGCGGGCCAUUGCACUGCGAGCAGUCAUGUGACUAGCUGCUCCGUGACUUGACAAGUCGUACAAAAUAUGAAUAACUUUGAUUUUUACGUGCUGGUUGUUUUCAGUUCGCACCCCCGAGAUGCUGAGUCAUGUUGGCUCUCAGCAGCAGUCCUGCAGCAGUCAGCAGUGCGUUCGUGCGGUUAGCAUGAUGCUAACGCUUCAUUCAGGACGAGUAUGCUAGCAACGUAACAUUUCAUUCAUCCUUGCUAAUUCUGUUUUGUUUGUUUGUUUGUUUUUUUUUUACAAUCCCUAAAUGAGGACACCUCAUGACUCGUUAAACAAGCCCUCCUAUCUUUCAAUGUGACUUUUAUUUAUGAGUAUUUAUUAUGUGCAGCAAAUACUUGAACGUGUGUGUGUGUGUGUGUUAAAAAGCUUGUUCCCUCACACACAAAACACACACUGCAGUUUGGCUCUGCCCACUCGCCAAUGGCAAGAAUAUGAGGAUGGCGAGCACGAAGAGAAAUGUAGCACAGAGGGAAGGAGGGAUCCUGUCACCUCAGGACAAGCCCCGCCCCCCUCCUGAGCCAAGACAGUAAUGACGGACAUGUGAGGGGCGGUCCUAAGUGUUUUCUUUUAUUGUUUUGGGGUUGUUGUUUUUUUAAGUGAGAUGGGUGCCGACAUUUGCAACUUUUGUGCCUUUAGGAUAUCCUCACCGCGUGCGCGCACACGUGUGCUUGUGAGAGGUGGGGUUGUCACAUAUCAGCCACCUGAUGUCACUCGUCGCCAACUACAACAACAAAAAAGAUGGCAGACACCUGCUGAUGACAGGGCUAAGCUAACACUAGCCAAUCGACCGCUAGCAUCCAAAUGCUAGCUUGUGUUUUCUAAGGAUGAGGCUAACCCGAGCCCAACGCUAACAGACUGCUAGUAGCACGUAGCGAGUUUUAAACGGCUAAUUGUGCCGAGCCUUCCCCAUCCACGGGCGCUGGAGCUAGCCGUUAGCGUUACUUUUCCACGUACGUACCUCAAACUGCUCAGCUACGACGAUGUUGUGAUGAACUACCCAGGGCAUUUGGUUUCCUUCUACCAAAGUGCAUUCCUUUACAAUGCUAGCGCCCAGUUAGCUGCUCAAAGCGACGGACAGGAGCUUGGAAAGUUGGCAGGAUGCUGUUUUUGUGAUACAGUACUGACCUCUAGGGGGCGUUACAAAUAUCGGCGUCUACUGCAGCUAGCGAAGGGACGGGACGGAGGUUAGCCACUGUUAGCGUGACGCCGCACUGUAUUUUUGUAAUGUUUUUUUUUAAAUUGUGGAUUUGAUCUGUUUGUAUGUCAUGUGGACAAAUGUUUGUAUCCAUGUUUGGGUUGAAUGCUGCAGCCACUUUGACAAUGUACUGUAUCUACUGUACACAACACCUUUUCUAGUGAGCCUCGGUUCAAUUUUAUUGUGGUGAAAAUGAUGAAUAUUAUCAAUAAAACUCUUAUUGCUCA